AUGGCCGCAUACUUGCGCGUCUCUUUAUCACUUGCUAGCUGGACGAAAACCUCCGGGCAACUUGGUGAGUCCUCAGGGCGACCGAGGACUUUGCUUCGAAAAACACAGGCGGGUUCCAGCAACCCUCUGACUGAUGUGCUGAGAUCCCAGGCACAUUUGUACUAUGCCAGACUGGUGUCUCGGGGAGCCCGUGAUGACAGCGAGCCCAUCUUGGGUCACUGGUAUGAGCUAACGACUGCCCUACGAGAAAAUAGCCCUGCUCCAGGACCACUGCAGCCAAAGGGAGUUGCCGAGACUGAAGUGACAGAAACCAGAGGUGUCCGCUGCUCCUUGGCUGAUGGCCGACCCCUGAUUCCAGACAAAGAGGAACCACAUGGGUAUAUCCAGUUGUCAACAAAAGUCCUCAACUUUGUCAAUGCCUACCUAGUCAACUUUGAGCCAGUACAGGCAUAUCUCAAAUCUGGGAUAGGUAUGCCACAGAUGGUUAUCCUUGCUGGCAUUAUCAAAGACUUGGACCGUGAGACAUGCAAGAGAUGGCCUCUUGACUCAUCUGAACACAACCCAUGGAUUCAGAAAGAAUGGCCAUUGCAAAUCUACUGGCGUACAUUGUCAGUGUUGGCACAGGUGCUUUUGCUGAGACAGCAGAAAGACAAAGAUGACCUGAGGAGCGAGAAUGACACAGCUUGCAUACUCAUUUUUCGGCUCGUGCUCAACACCAUGCAGAAAGCCAUCCUUUCAUCACAUGGUGACGACAGCGAAGACAUGAAUGUGGAGCACACCCAGCUACUGCUUUUUUGUUUCACAACCUUCAGCUAAUGCAGAAGAAAGUUGUGCUACUGAGU